AAAAAUAAAAGUAUUCUAAAAUCCAAACUUUAUAAUAUAGUUUUUAAUUUUUUUUUAAAGAAAAUAUGUCUGGAAUACAAGUUUUAAGUAAAGGGAUAAAUGCAGGAAAAAUAAAAAUUAUAACGACAGCAGAACAAGAAAAAGCGCUUCGGGAUGCACUGCAUACGGAAAUCGAAAAUAAAUCUAAAGCGUGCUCUAAUAGAACAUAUGAUUGCACAAUCCCCAGAAUAGAUGGAUACGAUUUUUGUAUACGACAUAUAUUGCAAGACUCUCGGGCGCCAUAUAAACAAUGUGCUUAUAUUUAUUCCAAUAACAAGAAGUGUGUCCAAGCCGCUCCUAAACAUGAUAUUAAAAAGGACUCCGCACUAACAAAUUUUUGCUUUGAGCAUAGUAGGUUAAUGCAACUCACUAAAACUAGAAAUUCGAUUGGAAAGUAUAAACAAGUCGAUAGUAACGAAACCCUUUUGAAUGAUUUAUCCCAUCAUUUAAACAUUGAUAAAAAUCAGCCUUUAAUUUCAAAUAAUGAUACUGAUGAGGAGAUCGUUGAUGUCGUUACAUCUAAUGUAGAGCCUUUUGUUAGCUAUAACAGUACGAAUAAUUUUGAAACAAUUUCUGAAGCAGUCAGAGGGAGGAAGCGAAUAUUAGAUUAUGCAUCUGAUAGUUCUUCGGAUGGUGAUGUGCCUACAUUAAGUAACACGUCAAAAGCGUACGAAUGGGAUACAUCUGAUGACGAAAGUCUUGAUUCUGGGGAGGAUGAUGUUCUUAAACAUGCGAUAAUAUAUACUACAGAAGAAGCUACAUUGAUAACAAAACAGAAGAUGCUAAAACUACAAAAUUUAUACAUGGAACAAAUUGAUAGGCUUCAUCAUUUAUUAAGAGAAAAACGGAGAAAAUAUUUGCAGUCUUUGCGAAAAGAAAGAGAAACAUUAUGCAGUAUACAUGAUCAACCAAAAGAAACUCCUCAAGAACGUCGCCUUUAUGAAAAACUAAAGGCAUUAAAUCAUUACCAUCGUCGAAAUGGUGUAGAAGCAGUUUUAUAUAAAAAGUUUAAAGAAAAACGUUUUAGGUCAGCCGAAGGUUAUGUUCAAAAGGGUCCUCAUGGACCUGUAAAAUGUAUUUAUACAGAAGGGGGUGUGAAAUGUGGCGAAAAAAUAAUUCCAUGUUGUAAAUAUUGUCGUAAACAUAUUUUGGAAGACAAAAAACAAUGUCUGUUUCGUGCAUGUGGCAUAGAAAAAAGUGGUGUCAUAUGCCAAGAACCAGUGCCAAAUAUUUUUGAUGAUGCAACCUGUGUGUUGCAUAUUAGUCUACCAGUUAAUCAAAAAAUAUAUACUCAAAAGAAAUACGAAUCUGAAACAGAGGAAGAUGAUGAAGAUAUUUCUUCAGACGCUAUUAAAAAGGAUUUAUCAGUCAAAGAAGAAACUAUAGUAGAUAAAAGCACAUUGCAGGACAAUAUUUGUGAAAAUGUAGAUAAUAACGAAAAAGAAACAAAAAAUGAUGAUUUGAAAAUUGAAAUUAUCGCUGAAAAUAACGACAACAUAAAAAUUGAAACUGAAAGUGGUCCUGCCGAUGUUACAGAUGAAGUAAUGGAAUCCGAAGUUAUAAUAGCUCCAUCUCCUGAUAAAGAUAGAAAUAUUGAAGAUUCGAAACUUUUUGAGAAGAACGAAAAAAGUACAGAAAUUAUUGAAAUUACUGAAAAUAUUUUAAAAGAAACAAAAAUUGUUAAUGAUAAUGAGGAAAAACAUAUUGAAAAAGUUGAAGAUUUGAAUGAUGUUAAAACUGCGGAGCGAUUCCAGCAUUCAGAUACCAAAUCACAAGAUAAAUGUAAAAAUGAAAACGAAACACAGCAAAAAGAAAAGGAAACUGAAGUUUUAGUUGAGGUAAUUAAUCCUGAACAGGCAGAUAAUGAUGAUAAAAAAAUUUCUAUUAGCCAGAAUACAUAAUUAAAGCUGUUGUAAGGUUUUUUUCUUAAUUUUAAUUAAAAAAUAAAAUAAAAAAUUUAAGUCCAUUUUUAAAUUAUAUUUUAA